UGCCGCCAAAAAAUCAAUUUAUUUGAACUACUCACUCAAAAAUUUCAAACAGCUGAGCGAGACAUCUCUUUUCAGAGCGCGAGCCAGAUUCAAACACAAUUUCUAGGGUUUUCAGUUCAUCAAUCGAUCUUUCAAAUUUAAGAUGCAGAAGCUAGGGUUUCCAAGCUUGAAAAGCUUCGAUCAGUAUAAAUCGCUGACAGGAUCCGUCCCGGGAUCGGCGAAGAACCUGCCGUUAUCUUCGCGGCCAUUUUCAGACUCAAUUUCACAUGGCAGUUUCACUAAUUUGAAGCUAACUGCUGAGAAAUUAAUCAAAGAGCAAGCUUCUGUGAAAACUGAUCUUGAAAUAGCGAACUCUAAGCUGAAGAAAUCCACAGAGCAUAUCACUGCUUUGGAGGAAAAGUUGCAGAACGCUUUCAAUGAAAAUGCUAAGCUUAAAGUAAGGCAGAUGGAGGAUGAGAAGCUAUGGAAAGGAUUGGAGUCUAAGUUUUGUUCAACUAAGACUUUAUGUGAUCAACUGACCGAGACUUUACAGCACUUAGCCUGUCAAGUUCAGGAUGCUGAAAAAGACAAGGCAUUUUUUGAAAUCAAGCUAUCUGAAAGCUCAAAUGCUAUUGACAGUCUGAAUCAACAGCUGAAUAAUUUGUCCCUGAAAUUGGGUUCUGCAGAGGGAACUGUUAGAACUCGUGAAAAGGAACUGGAAGAUCUUAAAAUUGAAAAAGAAGAAAAGAAUAAGAUCUACAUGGAGGAACAGUGCAGAACUGCUAAUCUCAUAGAGGAGAAAGAUGCUAUGUUAAAGAAAUUUGAGGCGACUUUAGCAGCUAACAGAUUAGACACAGAGAGCCUGAAUUCUAAGUUGGAUGAAAUGCACCAUGAGUUGGGAAUAAAGGAAGAUAAUAUCAAAUGUUUGAUGACUACUCAGGAGAAAUUGGAGAAAGAAAAGAGCGACCUCCAAUUUAGUAGCAACAACUUUGCUGAUAAAUUGGCUAUGUCACUCCAGGAGAUAAAAGAUCUUGAAGGUUUUGUUCAUAUAUUGGCUGCACAAAUGGCUGAAUUGGAUAAACAGAAUUUGGUUUUCAAUGACAAAUUUGAUCAGCUAAACUCUCUCUGUGACACUUGCUUUAAAUUGAUCCAGCUGGAGAGAGACCUUAUUGCUAAGCAUGCUCAAAAAAAGUUUAAUCAGCUACAUGAUAAGUUCUUAUGUGUGGCAUCAGAGAAAGAUGCAUUGCAAUUGGUAAACCAGGAGUUGAAUGAUAAAAUCAUUGAACUUCAGAAAGCCCAAGAUUCUAUUAGGGAACAGCUUUCUGAGGGAUGUCGUUUAGCGGCAGAUAGAAUUCAAAAGUUAGAGUCUGAAGCUGAAAUGCUGUUGUCAAAGAAGAAUGAAACAGAGAUAUUGGUUUCCAAAUUGGAGGAGACAAUUGAUUCUUUGAGAGAGCAUUUAAGUACAUCUGAAAAUAAAAUGCAAGAUUUGUUGUCAAAAGUUGCAGAACUAGAAAUGGAAAACAAGGAUAUUGCUAAGAAAUUACAGAUAGAAUUAAGGAAAAAAGCAGAAGAUCUAGCUACCUGGAAAAAUAAGAGCGAGAAGCAUGAAAAACAUGUAGAUUCGCUGGAGAAACAAGUUACGCAGCUUCACAGCAACUUAGAGGAGAAGGAAGAACAUCUUCUGCAAUAUAAAAACCGAGAAAAAAUGCUGGAAGAUCAGAUCACUGAGAGUCAGGCAUUGCUAACUGCUGCUGAAAGCAAACUUACUGAAGCAAAGAAGCAGUAUGAUAUGAUGCUAGAGAGCAAACAAAUGGAAUUAUCAAAGCACUUGAAAGAAAUAUCUCAGAGGAAUGAUCAGGCGAUUAAUGACAUCAGGAAGAAGUAUGAGGUGGAGAAACUAGAGAUUGUUAACAUGGAAAAAGAAAAGGCAGACAGAGCUGCAGUAGAAUUGGAAAGAAAAUAUAACCAGAACCUUGCAGAAUGCAAAGAAGAAAUGAGGCAGCAGUUGUUGUGCAUUCAGGAUGAACAUGCUGCUUUAGUACUGCGCAUUCAGCAGGAGCAUGAUAGAAAGGAAAUGAGUCUAAAAGCUGGUCAUAUGGAAGAGAUAAAGCGCGCCCAACUUCAAGCUGAAAAUGAACUGAGAGAGAAAACAACGCAACUCAGGAAUGAACAUGAAGUUCAAAUGAAAGCUUUGAGGUGUCAGCAUGAAGAUGAAUCUAGAAGGCUGCAAGAGGAACUGGAUCUCCAGAAGUCCAAGGAAGACAGGCAGAGGGCUUUACUGCAAUUGCAAUGGAAAGUGAUGAGCGAUAGGCCACAAGAGGACCAAGAAGUGACUUCGAAAAAGGAUUAUUCCGUUUCAUCAACUAAGAUAAGAGACCCUGGUGGUGGUAUAAGGAGUCAGCAUGCUCCAGAUUUCUCUCUCCCAGGGGAAACACAAACGCCUGUGUCAAAAAUACUGAAAAGAGUAGACAAUGCUAACACAGGAAGUGUAAUGAGCAUCCCUAAACAUCACAAGAAGGUAACUCACCGUGAAUAUGAAGUUGAAACUACUAAUGGAAGAACAGUUACAAAACGAAGAAAGACAAAAAGUACUGUCAUGUUUGAGGAUCCAAGGAAACAUAAGAAGAAGAACACGCCAAAGUCCAUAACUCCUAGAAGUGUAGCUAAGGGGACUAAGAUAAGAGGUCGUUCACAUCCUUCAAACAUAGGAGAUUUGUUUUCAGAAGGGUCAUUGAAUCCAUAUGCAGAUGAUCCAUAUGCAUUUGAUUAGAGUUUUAGCCAUGCAUCUCAACCACGGCGAUUUGUGUAGCAUCUUAUUGGGACUGCCAUGCCUCUCACCAGUAAUAUGCAAAUUUGCUGUCCGCGUAUAUUUCUAAUGCGAGAAAUCUUCUUAUAUAGAAGUGUUUGCUAGGACUGUUGAAGAAUUAUGGAAUCCUAAAGCUAUUAAUGUUGUACCAUCUGAAACGGAAGAAAAUCUACAUCUUUCUAGUUUUCCUUGUAUUGAAACAAGGAUAUGGCUUCCCGUAGAUGCUUUGAAAAUGUUCAAGGUAUGAAGUAUAUAAAGAUUGGAUGGCGGGAACUUUCUUUUUGCAUUGGUUUAGGUUUUGUUGAUUCGGGCUAUUUUGCUGGGCAAGGACGUUAAGACUACUUGAAAUAAUUUUUUAGGUUUUGUAAUAAUGAAAUCAAAAUUUAUCGAGGAAUGUUGGAAUUUACUCAUUACCGUAUGAUAACAAACUUCCUUUACUUUUUUUUGUUGGAAGCC